CAGGGACUUUGCUCAGACUCCAUCCUACCGUGUGCGUUUUUGCAUGCGCUGUUCGAAAGGAGGGACUCGCCUCUGCACACACACACGAAGAAAGAGAGAGCGAGAGAGAGAGUGAGCAACACCGAGCAUGGAAGAGAAGUGUGAAUUUUGGCUCUCAUCGUCAUGAAGAUGGCCGUGAUAGCGCUGGUGCUUUUGGGGCUUUUCAGCCAGAGCUGCAUCCUCGCAUUUAAAGUGAACAAACACAAACCAUGGAUUGAGACAUCCUACCAUGGUGUGAUCACCGAGAACAUGGACACCAUCCUGUUGGACCCUCCACUAGUAGCCUUGGACAAAGAUGCUCCUGUUCCCUAUGCAGGGGAGAUUUGUGCUUUUAAGAUCCAUGGACAAGACACUCCGUUCAAGGCGGAGGUAUUAAACAAGACGUCGGGGGAAGGAGUACUGAAGGCGUCGAGCCCUAUUGAUUGCGAGCAACAAAAGGAGUUCACCUUCAUCAUUCAGGCUUACGACUGUGGGGCUGACGUCUCGGGAGACAGCUGGAAAAAGAGCCACAAAGCAGUGGUCCACAUCCAGGUCGAGGAUGUGAACGAGUUUGCUCCUACUUUCCAUGAGCCGGUGUACCAGGCCACAGUGACGGAGGGGAAGAUUUAUGACAGUGUUGUGCAAGUGGAGGCCUGGGACCAGGAUUGCUCGGCCCAGUACAGCCAGAUCUGCAACUAUGAAAUCAUUACGCAAAACACCCCUUUCGCCAUUGACCGCAAUGGUAAUAUUCGGAACACGGAAAUUUUAAGUUACGACAAGCAGCAAUACUACAAGAUCAUGGUGAGCGCCUACGACUGUGGCCAAAAGAGGGCGAAAGAGAGUGCGCUUGUCCAAAUCCAUGUGAAACCCAUGUGCAAACCUGGCUGGCAAGGAUGGAGUAAGCAAGUGGACUACGAGCCUGGGACCGGCAGCAAGCAACUGUUUCCCACGAUGCACCUCGAGACGUGUGGUGGCCCCAUAUCCUCGGUCCAAGUCACAAUAGAACUGCAGACCAGCCACAUCGGGAAAGGCUGCGACAGGGAAACCUACUCUGAGAAAUCAUUGCAGAAGCUCUGUGGUGCCGCUUCAGGCAGUGUUGAUCUUCUCCCUGCCCCGAGCACUUCGACAAAUUGGACAGUUUCGCUGCUGACCGACAGUGGACGAGACAGUGACCUCGUCUUCCACUUCGAUGGGCGACAGGCGACCAAUAUUCCAGAACUGGUGGUGCCUCAAAACCUCACUGAACAAUUCACAAUUGCCACAUGGAUGAAGCACAGCCCUAGCCCUGGUCUGAGAGGGGAGAAGGAGACGCUGUUAUGCAACUCGGACAAGACGGAGAUGAACAGACACCAUUACUCAUUGUAUGUGCACAACUGCCGUCUGGUCUUCUUGCUGCGGAGGGACUUCACGCAGAUGGACACAUUCAGGCCGGCAGAGUUCCACUGGAAGCUGGAGCAGAUCUGUGAUAAAGAGUGGCACUACUAUGUGAUUAACGUGGCGUUUCCUGCCGUUACCCUUUUUGUCGACGGAGUGACCUACGACCCCUAUCUAGUGACAGACGACUGGCCCAUCCAUCCCUUAACAAUUGAUGUGCAGCUGACAGUCGGUGCCUGUUGGCAAGGAGGAGAGGUGAUGACUCCUCGCUUCACGCAGUACUUCCGCGGAAGUCUCUCGGGACUCACUAUUCGUCCUGGGAAGAUCGAGACUCAGAAGGUCAUCUCCUGUUUGCAGGCCUGUAAGGAAGGUUUAGACAUCAACUCAAUGGAGAGCCUGGGGAAUGGCAUCAAGUUUCAUUUCAACCCAGCCCAGUCAGUGCUAGUGAUGGAAAGCGAUGAUCUGGAGAACGUUAACUCAGCCAUGGAAAAGGUCUCUUAUAUUAACUCGAGGCAGUUCCCUACUCCGGGCCUGCGCACAAUUCGUGUAUCCACGACCAUUCAAUGUUUUGGCGAGGACCAGUGUAUAUCCAUUCCGGACAUAAAGGCAGGGGUGAUGGUGCUGGUGCCAAGCGAGCCACAGAUCAGCAUCACAGGCACCGAGCAUGUAACAAAACCUGCAGCUGAGCUACAAACCCCUCUUGGGGUGCCACUCUUCAAAGAGAUUCGUAUUAUCAGUACGGUUACCAGGAGCGACACGACAUUCAACUUGGGUCACAGACCUGGAAUUCUGGAGGUAAUGCACAACCUUGAUUACUGUGAUGUGUUGGUCAUCGGGGAGGAGCUGAAUCCAGAGCAUGAGAGUCUGGAGAUCCAUCACAGCUCCCUAUUGGGGAAACACCUCGACGCCACUAAUUCCACCUCUGGCAUCUCUAUUUACGGUGUGGACUCCAUGGCAAAUUAUGAGCUGGCUAUCCAGCAGGUGAGGUACCGCAACUGGCAGCCGACCAGCCUGUCAGAGAGAAGGUUCAGGCUCAGCUGCUCCGAGCUCAAUGGCCGCUACACCAGCAACAACUUUAACCUAGAGCUACGAAUAGUUCAUAAUGUAAAAACUGUGGAGCAUGUAAAUCAAAUGGCUGUCAAAUCCCCGUUUAUGAUACCAAUCCAUCAUCCACUGGUCAUCCACACCAACUCGAAAUACAUGUCGGAGACAUCUGCAGCAGCGACAGUAAUGAUAGUGAUGAGUAUCACUGCCCUGGUGGUCAUCAUGGUGCUGGGCAUCUACCGCUUUCACAUGGUCUAUCUCGAAGGCCUAAAAGAGAAGGACGAUGAAUCGAAGGAGCCAGAAAUAGUCUGGGAUGACACAAACGUCACCAUUACUGUCAAUCCUAUGGAGAAUAUCGAGGGCCGACAGACUGCUGAGGACAUCGAGGAGGAGUAUCCUGAGAAAGACGAUGAAUGCAUUGAAGAGGAGGAGGAGGACGACGACGACGAUGAGCUGGCUCGGAAUCUGUCCAGUGCAGACUCGGAUGAAAGCGAAGGGGAGGAGCACACAAAACUCGAGAGAGGAAGAGUGAAGGGCAAACUAGUGUGGGAUGAGUCCACCUAUUAACAUCCCUCCUCAACUCAUACACUCAGGACACACACACACACAAACAAAAAAAAAAUCUGAAAUUGCUGCCUGAAAAUCUUAGAUUAUUUAACUGACCCACCAAGAAUUUUCGUUUUGCCGACACCCACCUGACGUGUUGUCUAAUCCGCUAAUCUGGCCAGCGAUGGAACUGCACCCACACACCCAUCUUUAAAGUUCCUGUACCCUUUGUUUAAGGAGCUUAAAUCAGUCUAGGAAAAAACAAGACUUGUCCACAUGUUUUUACAGGUUACAUAAAUAUGAAUAUGCACUGACACACACAAUAAAAAAGCGAAAACCAGCACUGCUGGGGGAGUUUUUGUUUUUGAACAUGUUACAUGUCUUAAUGUCUCAACAUGUGGUUAAUGGUUAUUUUCCUUAACGCCAGCUUACAGAACACUUAGUUUUUUUUGUCUAGCAAAUAACACUGGAGAAUUUAUUUUUAAUGUCAAAUAUUUUCAAAUGUUUUUACCACGAUUAUAAAUAGACUUUGGUUUACACGUUCUAACGAAAGCACAUAGAAAUGCAUAUUGUCUUUCGCUGUCUCGUCGAAUUCCGUUCAAAUUGUACUCGUAGAAAGGUUGGCGGUACAAUUUUAUAAUGCCUGUACACUGUAAAUAGAAAGCUGUCAAGUAGAAUGCAUCCUUUCCAGCCUGUCACCUUGUUUUGUGCCCACAUUUGCUUGUCAUGGAAAAAAAAAACAUUGAUUAUUAGUGUCUGUCUGACAUCUGUCUUUUUCACAUAAAAAGAGCAGGAAUGGUAAAAUCAUGAGGUGUCAUUAUUUUCUAUCCUCAAUUCAACUUGGAUAUAAAGAAAAAAAUAUAUAAAUUGGAAGUUUGCCCUUUUAACAUCUGGUUAAAAAUAUCAGUUGUGUAAAAACAGCCCCACUUCAUGUUUAGUAAUGAGCUCUGUAUCCCGUUUAUCCCUAUAGCCUUGUGUAAAUUCAGGAAAUAUUUUCAAAGGGGGUAGGGGGGUUUGUGCAAAUGAGGGCUUUGUGCUAUUUUUUUGCCGAUUUAUUAAAACGUCACCUGAGAAAGGCUUGUUUAACUAUAUAUAAGUAGUAGGAUCAAAAUGAAGAUGUUCAUGUAGUCAUUCUGCUGUAGCUGGAAAAUUGCUUGUUGUUCCUGCUAUGCGACCUAAGCUAGAAAGAGGUUCAUUGUUCGCCCCUUCCGCACUGUUUUAAAUGUACCUGUUGUCACCAUUUUCCUCGUCCGCCACGUGCUCGUGAUACCGCCGUCGUGAGAUAUUCCACCGUGCCCUCGAUUGUCCUGUGUGCACCAUUGUUUGAUAUCUUGAACAAAUCUGUUUGUUUUUGUAAAUGGUUCGAGUUUCUCCGAUGGUCGCUACGGAACGUUCUGACCAAUAAAGACGUUUCUUUACAAUAAA